AUGAGCAUCUUUUCAGAUAUAGUGGAAAAAUUCCUUGAAGUCUUUAUGGACGUUUUUUCCAUUCAUGGAUCCACCUACUCUGAGUGUCUUCAUCAUCUUCGACUUGUUUUGGAGAGAUGUAGACAAAAGAACUUGGUCCUCAAUUGGGAAAAAUGCCAUUUCAUGGUGAAAGAGGGCAUAGUUCUUAGACAUGUGAUUUCCAAGGAUGGGAUUGGAGUUGACAAAGCCAAGGUAAAUCUGAUUGUAGAUCUUCCACCCCCUAGAUCUGUCAAGGACAUUCGUUCCUUUCUGGGGCAUGUGGGCUUUUAUCGGCGUUUCAUCAAAGAUUUUAGCAAGGUUGCUAGACCUCUGACAACUUUACUGGCUAAGGAUCAGCCCUUUGAGUUUUCCAAAGACUGCCUGAGUUUUGAGUAUUUGAAAAAGGAGUUGAACACCGUACCCAUUAUCCAGCCACCUGUGUGGACUGAGCCCUUUGAGUUGAUGUGUGAUGCAUCCGAUUUUCCAAAACUGGCAACAACAUCUUCUUUCUCACGUCCGCAGGGAGAUCAUGCUCAAAUCAGUGGCGUUCGCAAUGCCCAACUAUGCCAGUUCCCAUUUCAAAAUCUCCAUGUCCAUUCACUCUAA